AUGUUUGAACCAACGAAGCCAGUUGCGCACACCGGCGAGCCGGACAAGCCCAGUGUCGUUGUCACGGACACUGAGGUCGCCAUCGAGGACGACGCAACCUCCAUCCUGACACGCUAUAUACCACAGAAAAGCAUCCAGAACGCAAGGCCCGCGGCUGUAAACUCAUGUAUCAACGAGAUAUUUGAAGCCCGUUUCCGGGAGCGCCCCGACGCCCCCGCCGUCUGCGCCUGGGAUGGAAGCUACACGUACCGUGAGCUGGACGACCAAUCCUCCGCUCUCGCCCACAAGCUCCGCCACCAGGGCGUGAAGGCAGAGGUAUUGGUGGCCCUUCUCUUCGAGAAAUCCAAGUUCAGUGUCGUCGCGAUGCAUGCUGUGGUCAAGGCCGGCGGUGCGUUUUUACUGUGGGACCCUAGCUUACCCGUGGCUCGCUUGCGAGGGAUGUUUGCCGAAUCGGGAGCGCGAUUCGUACUUGCGUCCGCAGCAUAUGCCCAGAUGGCAUCUGAAAUCAGUGAGGAUUUCAGUGUAGUGGACGAUGCGCACAUUCCUCCCUAUAACGCAUCUCUGCUGCCACCCGGAACCCAACCGGAAAAUGCGCUGUGCUCCGUCUUCACCUCCGGCUCGACGGGCAAACCCAAAGGGUUUCUGAUGGAUCACCGAGCUUUGUGCACCUGCGCACUUGGCUUCGGGGAGUUACUGGGGUUGGAUGGAGCCUCGCGGCUUAUUCAGUUCUCUUCGAACACCUUUGAUCUUGCGACGUUUGAGCAUCUCCUCCCGUUCCUUUUCGGUGCCUGUCUUUGCAUCGCAUCCGAGGAAGAGAGAAAAGGCGACCUCAAUCGCGCCCUGUGCAAGUACCGUAUUACCCAUGCAAUACUUACGCCCACUGUGACUCGUCUCCUUGAGCCUCAACACUUGACAGCCCUGCGGGUGCUAGUGAUGGUCGGUGAGGCGGCUGGCAGGGAGGAUAUCCGGCGUUGGGCCUCUAGUGUCAAGCUUCUCAACGGUUAUAGCCCUGCAGAAGCCGGAUGCAUCACCAUCGUCAACCCAGUCUUGCAGGAGAACCAUCCAAACAAGAUCGGAUUCCCCAUUGCCGUAGUCCCCUGGGUUGUGGACCCGGAUGACCACAACCGACUAGUGCCGGCGGGAGAAGUAGGAGAGCUGGUGAUCCAGGGACACACGCUGGCACGAGGAUACUUUGGCCGUCCGGACGAGAGUAAAUCGGCCUUUAUCCAGGCGCCUCCAUGGGUGCAUCAGUUCGGCUGCGAGUCCUACGGACGUCUGUACAGGACGGGGGACCUUGUCCGAUUUGAUACCGAUGACGGGUCCCUGCUCAUUAUCGGCCGCAAGGACUCCCAGGUGAAGAUUCACGGCCAGCGACUGGAGCUGGGUGAGAUUGAACAUGCGCUGCAACAAUUCUUCCCUCCACCACAGGUAGUUGUUGUCGAGUUGUUGAUGGUCGAGAAUAGAGAGCCGGCCUUGGUAGGGUUUGUGUGCCAGCCUGGAAACCCCAAGGAUAUCCCGGCCGGGCAGCAGAGUAAAGAGGAUAGACUCUUCCUGGUGCCUGAUGACCAAUUUUGCGCCGAUGCCCAGACAGCUCUGGCAUCGACGCGGGAUAUAUUGCCCUCGUACAUGGUCCCAUCCGAUCUGCUACUGAUCUCUCAUCUACCAAUGGUACCGUCCGGAAAGACCGACCGUCGAUGGAUCCGCAUGCGCGCGGUGGAUCUGGCGCCCGAUGAGAGGAGACAGUACAGCAGUGUGCUAGGGAAAUCCCGGGAUCGACCAGUUAACCAGCUUGAAGAGUCUCUGCUUGGACUCUGGGCUACCAGCCUCAAGCUCGCUCCUUCGCAGAUAGGAGUCAUGGAUAAUUUCUUCCACCUCGGCGGAGGCUCACUGGAGGCCAUUCACCUCGCGGCUGAGGCACGAAACAUAGGGUUUCCUGAACUAUCCUCGGCGACUGUGUUCAAGUGUCCCACCAUUCGGAAGAUGGCAGGCAUGUUGGAGGCGACGGUGGUGUCUGCCCAACAGCCAGACGCCCCAAUCUCCUCUUCAUUCCAGCUGGAGUCGUCACUGGUUGCUGAACUGCUACGGAAAUCUCAACGCGGCCUCGAGGACUUGCAAGAUGGGCUCCUACCUGUCACUCCUUUCCAAGAGAAAUCUGCGAGACUGAAACCAAUGCACCUGUUGAUCGACAUCCCCGGCAUCAAUCACUCGCGCCUGGAGGCGGCCUGGGCGCUCGUCCUAGAGACACAUAUCACUCUCCGAUCCAUGUACGUGGCGCACGAAGACCGUGUCUACCAGGCUUUUCUCCGCCGACAGGACACGGUGUCUAUCCCCAUCAAGCGGUGCGAAGAACCAGUACAUGAAUUCGCGGCAAAGUUCUGCGACCAAGAUGUUGAUCCAGUUCUGAAUGGCCAACCCUGGUGGAGCAUGACCAGAAUCGACAACAAGACGGACAGUGUUCUCGUCCUCCGAAUGACCCAUGCACAGAUGGAUGCUCUGACGCUAGACGUCCUCUUUAAAGACUUCAUGGCUGCCUUUGAGGGUCGUGAACUCUCGCAGCGAGAUGUGGAAUUUCCUGAUUACAUGCAGUCGCGUCUGAGACACAAUGCGUCGCCUGCAACCAUCGAAUUCUGGUCGAAGUUCUUGCACGGCUCCCAUAUCACCCGGCCCAUGCUCCUAGAUCCUUCCUCGGAUGUCCAUCCAGAAAACGAGGCCAUGGUCUUCGUGUCUAAACAGGUUCCGAUGGUGACGCCUCCUCUCGGGAUCACCGUGGCGUCUGUAUUCCGGGCUGCCUGGGCCUUCGUGCUCUCCCGCUAUGCCGAGCAGGAAGACAUUGUCUUUGGCGAGUUUGUCGAAGGUCGCAGCUUACUGUUGAACGGUGUGGAGAAGAUCACUGGCUGCAUGGCCGCAGAGACUCCCAUGCGCAUCUCCAUCACGCCUCGAGCAUCGGUCCGCGACCUCCUCCGUCAUUCCCAGGAGCAAUACGUCGCGCGGAUUCCAUACGAGACCUGCGAGCUGGAGGACAUCAUCCCACACACCUCCUGGCCCAGCGGCACAGAGUUUAGCCAUAUCCUGGUCAUCGAGAAAACGCAAUUGGUUCCUCCUCUUGUUCUAGAUGGGCGCCCGUGCCAGCACAAGUGGGCCUUCCACGGGCGACUGGAGGACGUCCACGUCCAAUUGAUUCCGGGUGCGGAUACUUUGCACGUUGGAAUGUCUGGUCCGGAGAUCCGGCUGUCCAAGAGAAUAGCCACCGAACUGGUUGAGAAGCUGGCGGCGACAAUAAGGCAGUUCAAUGACCGGCCUGAAGCCUUGUUAGAUGAGAUUCAAUGUGAGACGGGGACCGAAAUUGUUUUGUAG